GCCGUGGGAGGGGGGAGCGGUUGGCGGGCGGUUGGGGUGAGCCGGUCGCCAUGUCCGCGGGGAGCGCGGCGCAUCCCGGGGGCGGCGGGCGCCGCAGCAAGUGGGACCAGCCGGCGCCGGCCCCGGCUCCCGCCCCCGCCCCGCUGCUCUUCCUGCCGCCCGCCGCCCCCGGCGGGGACCCUCCGAGCGGCGGGGCGGCGGCGGCGGCGGCGCCCUCGGGAGCCCUGGACGCGGCGGCCGCCGUGGCCGCCAAGAUCAACGCCAUGCUCAUGGCCAAGGGGAAGCUCAAGCCGUCGGCCGGAGCCGCCGACAAGGUCCAGGCCCCCGGGAAGGGCCCCGCCGCCGGCAAGAGCAAGGACGACCUGGUGGUGGCCGAGGUGGAGAUCAACGACGUCCCCCUGGCCUGCCGCAACCUGCUGACCCGCGGACAGACCCAGGACGAGAUAAGCCGGCUGAGCGGGGCGGCCGUGUCGACGCGAGGGAGAUUUAUGACCGGCGAGGAGAAAGCUAAAGUCGGGCCGGGGGAUCGGCCGCUGUACCUGCACGUCCAGGGCCAGACGCGAGAGCUGGUGGACCGAGCCGUGAACCGCAUCAAAGAGAUCAUCACCAACGGGGUGGUCAAGGCGGCCACCGGGACCAGCCCCACCUUCAACGGCGCCACCGUGACCGUCUACCACCAGCCCGCCCCGCUGCCCCCGCUGGCCCCCGCCGUGGGCCCCAAGCCGCCCUUCCAGUCGGGGAUGCACUACGUGCAGGACAAGCUGUUCGUGGGGCUGGAGCACGCGGUGCCCGCCUUCGGCGUCAAGGAGAAGGUGGAGGGGCCGGGCUGCUCCUACCUGCAGCACAUCCAGGCCGAGACGGGCGCCAAGGUCUUCCUGCGCGGCAAGGGCUCGGGCUGCAUCGAGCCCGCCUCCGGCCGCGAGGCCUUCGAGCCCAUGUACAUCUACGUCAGUCACCCCAAGCCCGAAGGCCUGGCCGCCGCCAAGAAGCUGUGCGACAACCUGUUGCAGACGGUUCACGCCGAGUACUCGAGAUUCGUGAACCAGAUCAACCCGGCGGUGCCGCUGCCAGGCUACCCCCAGCCCGCCGCCGUGGCCGGCGUCCCCCCGCAGCCUCCGUACUACCCGGCCGGCGGCUACCAGCCCGGCUGCCCCGCCGGCCCUCCGCCCCAGCAGCCGCUCCCGCUGCCCUACGGCGUGCCGGGCAUCGUGCCCCCGGCCGUCCCGCUGGCCCCCGGAGUCCUGCCCGCGCUGCCCGCCGCCGGGCCCCCCGUGCCCACCCAGUACCCGAUCCCUCAGGUGCAGCCGCCAGCCAACGCUGGGCAGCCUCCCCUGGGCGGCCCCUUCCUCCCUCCGGCCCCGGUGAAGGCCGCGGUCCCGGCCGUGCCCCAGCCUCAGCCGCCCCCGCCGCCGCAGCAGCAGCAGCAGCAGCAGCAGCCUCCGCCCCCGCCCCCGCCGCCGCCGCCCGGCCCGGCCCAGCCCCAGGCGCAGAAGAGGCGGUUCACCGAGGAGCUGCCGGACGAGCGCGAGUCGGGGCUGCUCGGAUACCAGCAUGGACCCAUUCAUAUGACUAAUUUAGGUACAGGCUCUUCCUGCGGCCAGAGCGAGGGCGAGGCCCCGGCAGCCAGGACGCCCGGUUCCUCGGGCAAAGAGCGAGAGAGGGACAGGCAGUUGAUGCCUCCUCCGGCCUUCCCGGUGACGGGCCUCAAACCCGAGCUCGAGGACCGGCCUGGGUCUGGAGUCGGCGCGGGCGGCCACGAUUACCCGGCGAAGAAGAUGAAGGCGGCGGACAAGGGCUUCGGGCUGGUGGCCUACGCGGGGGACUCGUCGGACGAAGAGGAGGAGCACGGGAGCCACAAAGGGGCCGCUAGCUUCCCGCCGGGCUGGAGCCUGGGCUACCAGUUCCCCUCGGCCCAGCCCCAGGCCAAGCAGCAGAUGCCCUUCUGGAUGGCGCCGUAGCCGGGGGACGACCGAGAGGCGGCGGCGGCGGCGGCUCCCGGGUCGCGACGAUGCAUGGCCGCGCAGAACGGGCGGGGGGCCCCCGCUCCAGAGUCACCGUUCUCCGGGCGGGUGGGACGGGACGGGGCGGGAGGAGGAGGAAGGCGCCGGCCGCUCACCCCGCGCCGCCCCGACGGACGUCCCGGCUCCCGUCGGCGCCCGCGGCCCGGAGAGCGGGACCCGGAGAGGGGGCGGGCGGCGGGGUCGGCCGCCCGGGACGUCCCGUCUCCGUCCCCCCGGGCCUCGGCCUCUUCCCCCUCCCCGUCGGGAGGUCCCCCCCCCCCGGGCGCCGGGGGAGCCCCCGCUUUCCGGCUCGGGCCCCCCGUCCCUCCCUCCGCCGGCGCGGGGGGUCUUAGGGACGGGGCGCGACGGCGUCGCCGGCAGCCCACCGCACCCCGAUCCGGGGGGGGGGGCCCCUUGCACGUCGGCCGGGGUUGAGGGGGGAAGAGGAGCGGGGCCGGGGCGGCCCGCUGGAUGUUGUACAUAUUUCACACCACCACUUGGUUAUAAAUAAACGGACAAACGUUG